UCAAUCAGCCUUUGCUGCUGCUGUACCAGGUCAAAGAGGGCUGCUUAUUUAAUCAACCCUGUAGCUCACCAGGCUCAGAAACCUGUGUCCAACCACAGCCACGAGUGGCUCCAAAGUUCAGGCUCCCAUCCUCGCUCAAGCCCUUGCUAUUCUUCUAAGCUCCCAUCCAUGAUCCAUGGAUCCAUUCUUCUUCCUCCUCCUAUUCGGCCAAACCCUGCUCUGCACAGCCGGCGACACCAUCAACUCCGCCACACCCUUGUCUGGGUCACAGAAGAUCGUGUCCCCGGGCAACAAGUUCACCGUGGGCUUCUACUCCCCAUCGCAGAGUAACACCACCUCAUCCACCUCCAGCAAUUACUACAUAGCCAUAUGGUACAGCAACAUACCAGUGCUCACCACCGUGUGGAACACCGACAAGCCGGUGUCCGACCCGGCCACCGCCUCCUUGGAAAUCGCCCGCAACGGCAACCUUGUCCUCCUUGAUCAAGCCAAGAACCGGCUGCUAUGGUCGACCAAUGUAAGUAUAGCCUCCAACUCCACCAUGGCCACCAUCAAGGACAGCGGUAGCCUUGAACUCACCGAUGCCUCCGAUGCAUCGAUAGUUUAUUGGCGAAGCAUAGACCAUCCCACAAACACCUGGCUUCCGCGGGGCAAGCUCGGGCUGAACAAGACCACGGGUCUGAGCCAGAGGCUUAUUCCUUGGAAGAACAGCCUAGACCCAUCUCCUGGGUUGUCCUCUCUUGAGCUAGACCCCAACGGCACAACACAGUACUUCAUCCAGUGGAAUGAAUCCAUAAACUACUGGACCAGUGGCCCCUGGAACGGCAAUAUCUUCAGCCUUGUGCCAGAGAUGACGGCCAAUUUCAGAUACGACUUCCAAUUCGUCGACAACGCCACAGAAAGCUAUUUCUACUACUCGAUGAAGGAUGAUGCAGUCAUCUCGCGGUUCAUCAUGGACGUGACCGGACAGAUCAAGCAGCUGACAUGGGUGGAAUACUCACAGCAGUGGAUCUUGUUCUGGUCACAGCCGCGGAGGCAGUGUGAGGUGUAUGCACUCUGUGGGGCAUAUGGUAGCUGCAGUGAGGCUGCGCUGCCGUACUGCAACUGCGUCAAGGGGUUCAGCCAGAAGGUCCAGAGUGAUUGGGAUCUUCAGGAUUACAGUGGUGGGUGCAGGAGGAACGUACCAUUGCAGUGCCAGAUCAACUCGAGCUCCGCACAGACCAAGCCUGAUAAGUUCUAUACCAUGGCAGGCGUGAGGCUACCUGACAAUGCUCGGGGUGCAGUGGGCGCCAGCUUGAAAGAAUGUGAGCAGGUUUGUCUGAAAAGCUGUUCAUGCGAUGCUUACACUUACAAUACAACUGGCUGUUUUAUUUGGUCUGGGGACCUGGUGAACCUCCAAGAACAGUACAGUGGAAAUGGAGUUGGCACACUAUUCCUCAGGCUUGCAGCAUCCGAGCUGCAAGACCCAAAAAAGAACAAGGCAGUGAUCAUUGGUGCAGUUGUUGGUGGAGUUGCUGCAAUUCUGAUAAUCCUUGCCAUUGUGUUUUUCUUCCUAUAUCAGAAAUAUCGCCGAGAUAGGACUCUUCGGAUAUCAAAGACUGCUGGGGGCACGUUGAUUGCCUUCAGGUACAGUGAUUUGCAGCAUGUCACCAGCAACUUCUCAGAGAAGCUGGGGGGAGGUGCCUUCGGCUCGGUGUUCAAGGGGAAGCUCCCAGAUUCAACUGCUAUUGCUGUGAAAAGGCUCGAUGGGUUUCAUCAAGGGGAGAAGCAAUUCCGUGCUGAGGUAAGCACUAUUGGGACAACCCAGCAUGUUAAUUUGGUCCGCCUUCUUGGGUUCUGUUCUGAAGGGUCAAGGAGGCUGCUUGUGUAUGAGUACAUGCAAAAGGGCUCCCUGGAAGUGCAACUCUUCCCUGGUGAGGCAACUGCAUUGAGCUGGGCCAUUAGGUACCAAAUUGCACUUGGAACAGCAAGAGGCCUAAACUACCUGCAUGAAAAAUGUAGGGAUUGCAUCAUACACUGCGAUGUCAAGCCAGAUAACAUUCUAUUGGAUGAUUCCUUUGUACCAAAAGUAUCCGACUUUGGCCUAGCAAAGCUCUUAGGCCGGGACUUCAGCCGUGUUUUAACGACGAUGAGAGGAACAAGGGGUUACCUUGCACCUGAAUGGAUCAGUGGCGUGCCCAUAACCGCGAAGGCAGAUGUAUUCAGCUAUGGCAUGAUGCUCCUUGAAAUCAUAUCAGGCAGGAGGAAUUCUGAUCAUGGAGAGGAGGGCAGGUCCACUUUCUUCCCAACCUUGGCUGCAAGCAAGCUCCAUGAAGGGGAUGUGCAGACCUUGUUGGACCCUAGGCUGAAAGGAGAUGCAAAUCCUGACGAGCUCACAAGAGCUUGUAAGGUUGCUUGUUGGUGCAUCCAAGAUGAUGAAAGCACUAGACCCACGACAGGUCAGAUUGUCCAAAUCCUAGAGGGGUUUCUAGAUGUGAAUAUGCCUCCCGUUCCCAGGUCACUGAGAGCUCUUGGUGAAAGCCCUGAUGUCAUAAAUUUCUUCUCAGAUCUGUCUUCAAGCCAGACUUCCCAGACACAAAACAGCACAACAACUUCUCAGACACACAGUGCUACUUCAGGCAAUUCACAUUUCCAAAGUUCGUAAUCAGGGAACCCUGCAAUUUAUGAGGGCAAGGCCUUUAUAUGUUUGAAAAGUGCUAUCAGUAAGUGAUGUUGUAUAUGUAGAAACUAGUAAACUCAGCUUUUUAUGUCGUCCUAUGUACCAAUUUAAACACUGUAGGCUCACAGCAGAAUUGAGUAGCCAAAAUAAAAACGAGAUUUCUGUUGCA